UACCAUGAGAGAACGUGAUGGCGAUACCGCCGCGAACAGCUGGGACCUUCCUACUUGCGUUGCGCAGUAGACCGGUCUUGCAUGAGGUCGUCCAGCAAUUUAAGGUUAUUACGCACGUACGAAAAAAAAAUAAUAUUAUGAUUGAAGUCACGAAUCAUAAUUUCAACAAGGUGUAUCCACACCUGGAGCACACGUUGAAAAAUGCAAGUUUUAUAGCGAUUGAUGGGGAAUUCACAGGUAUAGAAGGCGAUGAUGCAAAAAAUAGCUUGUUCGAUUCCGUACACGAGCGCUAUGAGAACAACAGGAGGCACAUUCAGCCGUACAUAAUAAUUCAAUUCGGUAUCUCGGCGUUUCGACGAGUUCACGAUGAGACCAAGUACACUGCGGAGACCUUCAAUUUCUUUCUGCUGCCUAGGUCCAUUCCGUCAAAGAACAGACAAUUUCUGUCGCAGGCUACAGCGUUAGAGUUCCUGACCAUGUAUAGAUUCGACUUCAACAAACUUGUCUAUGAAGGUAUUUCAUACCUGGAUGAAAUCGACGAGGCAAUCUUACAGCAGCAGCUACAAGAGAACACGUUGUUCGACAAUGUGGAGCAGUCUCUCUCUUACGGAGAGGAAAAGGAUUUUAAAGAUGUAAUUGUUCAAAUAUAUGAAUGGCUGAAAACAGCUGGUGAAACAGACUCUUUUAAAAUUGAGUCCCCUACUCCAACUUUACAGUAUUAUAUGCAUAAAGAAUUGAGGAGACGUUUCCCAAAUGUUUGGACCUACUCGGGGAACAAUAUGGUAAAUGUGAUUAAAGUGCCACCAGACUCAAGAAGAAUUUUGGAAGAGGAAGAAGGCUCUAUAUUAGAAAAUGUAUUGCUCGAGUCAUACAUAGGUUUUUCAAAAGUGUUCAAGCUCUUGGUUAGUCUGAAAAAACCUAUAAUUGGACAUAAUUCUUUUUUAGAUUUUAUGUUUAUGCAUCAACAAUUUUACAAGCCAUUACCACGAAAAUAUACUGAUUUCAAGAAUAAUAUACAUAAACUAUUUCCAACAAUUUACGACACAAAAUUUUUAAGCUUUGAACUGAGAGAGAUUCUCCAAACAGAAGAAAGAUGGAAACUUAAUACUCUAAGUGCUUUAGUCAAUUAUUUUACAGACGAGCGAGGAAAACGUGUAGCGUUAGGAUCGCCUAUUAUUCAGCUCAUAAAUUCAGACGAAUUAGAUGAUAUUAUGUCUUCUAACAAUAAUAGAUAUCACACCGCAGGAUGGGAUGCUUAUUUUGCCGGUUACAUAUUUAUUAGAUUGGCUCAUAUAUUUGUUACAAAACAAUAUGGACAAAGUUUAAGUUCAAAGCAGUUUACGCAUACAGAACUGAUGAAUGGCGUAAAAAGAUAUGCAAAUUGUGUAAAUAUUAUACGCGGCCAUACGUCAUACUUGAGAUUUGACGGACCUGAACCGAAAUCGACUCGACCAAAAUGGCUUUAUGUGAAAACGUUAGAAUCGAAACCGAUAACCGCCUCACAGAUAGCUGAAAAAAUGUCACAGUUUGGCGCCGUUGACGUAAAACAAUAUGCACCGAAGCGCCUGUUAGUUGCAGUAGCAAAUCACGGAAGCGCACGGGACAUAUUGAUGCACUUCAAGCAAAACAAGGAGCUGUACGUGGCACCUUACAAUCCGAUACGGCAUUCACCCUCGGUUCAACUUGUCCUAUGGAGCAGUAUAGUCGUUUCCGGCGGGAUUUUCGCGUGGGUGAUGCAUCAGAAGUUACAGAGAAGUUCUUAAACAGACUGUAAAUAUCUUUAAGAUAUAGCAAAAAAUCUAAAGUUUUUAUGCAUUAUAAGAAUGUAUUAACCAUCGAAUACAUUAAGUUUAAAAAAUAUUAAGUUUUUAAAAAGAUAAGAUUUUAAGUAUAUGACGUGAAUGAGAUAUAUUUUUUAAAUAAUAUAAAAGAUUAAAUAUUGCAACUUGUAACUAU